CUUGCUGGUGGUUUCCUCCCGCCGCCGGAAGUCCCGCCCUCGCUUCCAAUGCGAGGCUCCGCCCCGGGAAACUUUGGCUGAGGCGCGAAGGACCCGGGAGAGCAUGAGCACCUCCAGGCUUUAUACCCUUGUGCUAGUGCUACAGCCUCAGCGAGUUCUCCUGGGCAUGAAGAAGAGGGGCUUUGGUGCUGGCCGCUGGAAUGGCUUCGGGGGCAAGGUGCAGGAAGGAGAGACCAUUGAGGAUGGGGCUAAGAGAGAGCUGCUGGAAGAAAGUGGUCUGAGCGUGGAUACACUGCACAAGGCAGGCCACAUCUCGUUUGAAUUUGUGGGCUCUCCUGAGCUGAUGGACGUGCAUAUCUUCUCGACUGACCACGUGCACGGGACGCCCACAGAGAGUGAAGAAAUGCGCCCUCAGUGGUUCCAACUGGACCAGAUCCCCUUUGCCGACAUGUGGCCGGAUGACAGCUACUGGUUCCCACUCCUGCUUCAGAAGAAGAAGUUCUGUGGGCACUUCAAGUUCCAGGAUCAGGACACGAUCCUCAGUUACUCGCUGCGAGAGGUGGACUCAUUCUAAUACAGAAGUCUGGCUGGUUCUGGCCACUCAGGAUGCUACACAGCCGCAAGCUGUCGGACCAAGGGCACAAGCAGGGGCUGGUAUUUUCUGUUUGCGAGGGGUUGGGGUUGAAAUGUGAAAUGUUACCAAUACACCACUGUUUGAAUUCUUCGUCCCCACAUACUGGUCCUAUUUUAGAAGGUUGUGGCACCUUUAAGAGCCAGAGCCCUGCUGGUGGAACCGAGUCAUUGGGGGUCGGAGUAUGGAGGAUGGGCCUUGCUUUAUAGGUGAGCACCGCUUACUGUCUGCUCACACUCUGGCUACUAUGUCAGAUCUUCCACGAUGGACUGUGUCCCCAGAUGGAUGAGCUGAAAUAAACCGUUGCUCCUCUAA